GUCCGUUACUAAUAUCUCUCUCUGGGAAAAGCAGAUUCCGGAGAACAAUCUUCUACGUGAAAAUCGCAGAUGCGUAUCGAACGAUCAGUCAUUCGCGUGUCAACAGCCCUAAGUGGGUGAUCCUGUCCGAUGUGUGCGCUGUACUCUUUUGCCACCGUGACUGUCGCGCUUUUUUUACGGAUAAUAGGUGCAAACAUAUCACAAUUAGAAAGAGAUAUUGGCUCUGAUCAGUUUCCACCUAAUGAACAUUAUUUUGGUUUAGUCAAUUUUGGUAACACCUGUUAUAGUAACUCAGUACUGCAAGCUUUAUAUUUUUGUCGACCAUUUAGAGAGAAAGUCUUAGAAUACAAAGCUAGAAACAAACGAACUAAAGAGACACUAUUAACAUGCCUAGCAGACUUAUUUUAUAGUAUCGCAACUCAAAAGAAAAAAGUAGGUUCCAUAGCACCAAAAAAGUUUAUUGCCAGACUGAGGAAAGAGAAAGAGGAAUUUGAUAAUUAUAUGCAACAGGAUGCGCAUGAGUUUUUGAACUUUCUAAUAAAUCACAUAAAUGAAAUUAUCCUGGCAGAGAGAACUCAAAGCAAGCCGGCCGGAGGAAAGUGUGGGGCAGGGGAUGCUGUUGGCUCGCCACCGGAGCCCACAUGGGUUCACGAGAUAUUCCAAGGAAUACUGACCUCGGAAACACGCUGCCUUAACUGUGAGACUGUUUCUAGCAAAGACGAGGACUUUUUUGAUCUACAAGUUGACGUAGACCAGAACACUUCGAUCACGCACUGCCUCAGAUGCUUCUCCAAUACUGAAACCCUGUGUAGCGACAACAAAUUUAAAUGCGAUCAUUGCAGUAGUUAUCAAGAAGCUCAGAAACGAAUGAGAGUCAAGAAACUACCUAUGAUCCUGGCAUUGCAUCUAAAGAGAUUUAAAUACGUAGAACAGUAUAAUCGUCAUAUAAAAGUUUCUCACAGGGUAGUUUUCCCAUUGGAACUCAGGCUUUUCAAUACUAGUGAUGAUGCUGUAAACCCAGAUCGUUUGUAUGAUUUGGUGGCAGUUGUGAUACAUUGUGGAAGUGGGCCUAAUCGAGGGCAUUACAUUUCUAUAGUUAAAAGUCAUGGAUUCUGGUUGCUCUUUGACGAUGACAUGGUCGAUAAAAUUGAUGCAUCAACUAUAGAAGAUUUUUAUGGACUUACGUCAGAUAUUCAAAAGAGCUCUGAAACUGGUUAUAUUCUGUUCUAUCAAUCGCGAGAUUGUAGUUAAAAUUUAAUAUGAAUAGCGAUUGAAGUUGAAUACUUCUACAUGCUAAUUUCAUUUGAAGCAGUUUUUUAAAAAGUGCGCAUGUAAAUUUCUGAAUGUUCUUAUAGUAUGUCAGGUUAUUUAUGAAAAUAAUAAUAAUGUUUGAUCAUGUUUUGUCUCUUAGAAAUACGUGAAAAGAAGCAUUGUAGUUUCAUAAUUUAAUCUAAAUCUCUUCAAAAUUAUAUUUUAUAAAAUAUUGUAUAAAACUAUUCGUUUUAUAGAAACCACCGAUUGUUUCAUAAUCAUGAAAAAUUUUGAAAGCAAUUUAUAUGUAAUGUUUAUAUUUAUAUUUAUGUUUGAAAGCUAGUCUAUCUCCGAAGAGGAGAGUGAACUCGGUUAUUUACGUUAUUACAAUAAUUUACGUGUCCAUUGAUAUAGAGAGAAGAAACGUUGGAAGCACUAUCAGAUUCUAUACAAAUGUAAAGAAAAUAUGACUGAAAAUAAAAAUAUUGUUAUGAAAA